GUUUCCAAGAUGGCGACUUUGAAGUGUGAACUUAUUAAGAAUUUUACUCCAGAGAAGGCCAUUCAUCACAAUAAGAUCUCUAUUAUAGGAACUGGUUCAGUUGGUAUGGCCUGUGCUAUCAGCAUCAUAUUAAAAGGCUUGAGUGAUGAACUUGCCCUUGUGGAUGUCAAUGAAGGCAAACUGAUGGGUGAGACAAUGGAUCUUCAGCAUGGCAGCCCUUUCGUGAAAAUGCCAAAUAUUGUUUCCAGCAAAGAUUACCAUAUCACUGCAAACUCCAAUCUAGUGAUUAUCACAGCAGGUGCACGCCAAGAAAAGGGAGAAACACGCCUUAAUUUGGUCCAGCGAAAUGUGUCCAUCUUUAAAUUAAUGAUUUCUAAUAUUACCCAAUACAGUCCCCACUGCAAACUGAUUGUUGUUUCCAAUCCAGUGGAUAUAUUAACUUAUGUGGCCUGGAAGUUGAGCGGCUUUCCUAAAAACCGUGUUAUUGGAAGUGGCUGUAAUCUGGACACUGCCCGUUUCCGUUUCUUAAUUGGACAAAGACUUGGUAUCCACUCUGAAAGCUGUCACGGGUGGAUCCUUGGAGAGCAUGGAGACUCAAGUGUUCCUGUGUGGAGUGGAGUCAACAUUGCUGGUGUCUCCCUGAAGAACCUGAACUCAGAUCUAGGAACCGAUAAAGACCAUGAGCAGUGGAACAACGUCCAUAAGGAAGUGAUUGCCAGUGCCUACGAGAUUAUUAAAAGGAAGGGUUUUACUUCUUGGGCCAUUGGCCUGUCUGUAGCUGAUUUAACGGAAAGCAUUUUGAGGAAUCUUAGGAGAGUGCAUCCAGUUUCCACCAUAAUUAAGGACCUCUAUGGAAUAAAGGAAGAAGUAUUUCUCAGUGUUCCUUGUAUCCUGGGAGAGAAUGGCAUUACAGACAUUAUAAAUGUAAAUCUGACCCCCGGAGAGGAGGCCUGCUUAAAGAAGAGUGCAGAAACACUUUGGAAAAUUCAGAAGGAGCUCAGUCUUUAAAGCUGAUUAAUACUAGCACUCUGUAGUUUUUGAAGAAAAAAUAGUAGUAAUGGGAUUGCAUAUGUCAAACUUUUGAAUAAAUCUGAAUUCCUAAAAGUUGGAAACAGGAUAAGGUAGAGUGAUGCCCCUGCUUAUUUAGCCCUCCAGCUCUCUCAGAUGCUAGAUGAUACUUUAUUUUUUAUAAUUCGUAAGUGAUUGCACCAAAGGAGGUGUUUUUGGUAACUGUGAUGUACCAGUACUUGCCUUGAAUAUAUAUAGCUGCCAAUUGGUCCAAAAGAAUGUAUGAUGUAUGUGUUUACUGUGUUAUAGAAAUUCUUAUUGUUUUCAUCAAGUAUAUGCUACUUCUUUUCAUUCUGGCUGGCUUAACCUAUUCUCAUUUAUAUGUAAAAUGAAAGUUAUGUACACACAAAAAUAACUGUUAAUUCUAAUUCUAAUAACAAUAAAAUAAAUUUUGAUUUGACCUUGCUACUUUUAUUCUGAUAAUUUUUGUGAAUGGAUUGUACUUUUAAAAGAAAGGAUCUAAAUUGUAUAAACCCCCCUCAAUGAUGACUAGGACUAACUAAAAUUUAGUCGUUCUUUCUUGGGAGAGGUAUAGAGUGGGCUACUUGGCUCCCUAAUAUCUAGAAAACACCCUCUCAAAUCAGAAUAUUCUUUCUUUGUACCCUCAUGAACCUUCUAGUGUUCUUAUUUUGACUGAAAACCUUCUGUUCUAAUGCACAGGCCCUACAGGACAUAGAGCAGCUAUGUAGCUUACUAGCUGGUCACAAACUUGGCUACAGAAUCACUCCCUAUAAAGACUGAUUUCAAAUGCCAAUAAAAAAAGCAGGGAGGCAAUGUACACUAUACCUUCUGCUUUUUUCCCAAUUAUCUUCUCACAACUACCCCUUUAACUGUGGCCAGGCCAUCUUACCUAGUUAACAUUAAGCCCCAGGUACAUAGCUCUGCUUCUAGGAUUCCCUCCAUUUUAUUUGAUGAAAAUAGUCAUGGUUUAAUCAGAUCUAGAAAGGAAAUAAAUCUAGGCAGAACUGAUAGGAGGUACCACCCAGGACCUUUCACAGAAAAAAAGUCACUCAAAUCCCUCCAUUUCAAAUACUUCAAAAUUUCGAUUUCUAUGUGGUAUCCAAAGGAAAAAAACAAACAAACCACCAAACCCAUUGCUGCUGAGUCGAUUCCAACUCAUAGUAACCCUACAAGACAUAAAAGAACUGCCCCAUAGGGUU